AUGUGUGCUCUUCAUUGUUUGAUUCUAUACACAGUUAAAUCUAGUCCUCGAAAACCUCGUGGGAGACCCAGAAGCAUCUCUGAACGAAAUUCAGCUGUCCUGUCAGAUUCUUCACCAGUGUUUUCCCCUCUAAGCAAACCAGAGACUAAAUCUGGAGAGAAAAUAAAGAAGAAAGAUUCUAAAAGUGGAGAAAAGAGAAGAGGAAGACCUCCAACCCUUAGCAGUGUCAAAUUCAAAUUAUCACAAGGAAAAGACAUAUCAGACUUAUCAAAGGGGAGCAAAGAAGAUACCUUAAAAAAAAUUAAACGGACACCUUCUGCUACAUUUCAGCAAGCAGCAAAAAUAAAAAAGUUGAGAGCUGGUAAACUCUCCCCUCUCAAGUCUAAGUUUAAAACAGGAAAACUUCAGAUUGGGAGGAAAGGGGUACAAAUUGUCCGACGGAGAGGAAGGCCUCCAUCAUCAGAACGGAUAAAGACAGAUUCCGCACCCCUCAUUAACUCUCAGCUGGAAAAGUCCCAAAGGGUCCGGAAAGAGAAGGAUGGUACACCACCACUCACAAAAGAAGAAAAGGCAGCUGUCAGACAAAGCCCUCGAAGGAUUAAGCCUGUUAGGAUUAUUCCUUCCACCAAAAGGACAGAUGCAACAAUUGCUAAGCAACUUUUGCAGAGGGCAAAAAAGGGAGCUCAAAAGAAGAUUGAGAAAGAAGCAGCUCAGCUGCAAGGAAGAAAGGUGAAAACACAAGUCAAAAACAUCCGACAGUUCAUCAUGCCUGUGGUCAGUGCUAUCUCCUCAAGGAUCAUUAAAACCCCUCGGCGGUUUAUUGAAGAUGAAGAUUAUGACCCUCCAAUUAAAAUUGCUCGACUAGAGUCUACACCAAACAGUAGGUUCAGUGCUACAUCCUGUGGAUCCUCUGAAAAAUCAAGUGCAGCUUCACAGCACUCUUCUCAGAUGUCUUCAGACUCUUCUCGAUCCAGUAGUCCCAGUGUUGAUACAUCCACAGAUUCUCAGGCCUCUGAGGAGAUGCAGGCACUUUCUGAAGAGCGGAGUAAUACUCCUGAUGUACAUGCUCCAUUACCUAUUUCUCAAUCCCCAGAAAAUGAUAAUAGUGAUAGGAGGAGUAGAAGGUUUUCAAUCUCAGAGAGAAGCUUUGGGUCUAGAGCUUCUAAGAAAUUAUCAGCCUUGCAAAGUGCCCCCCAGCAACAAACCUCUUCCUCUCCACCUCCACCAUUACUCACUCCACCACCACCACUACAACCAGCUUCCAGUAUUCCUGACCACACACCUUGGCUUAUGCCUCCAACAAUCCCCUUAGCAUCACCUUUUUUGCCUGCCUCUGCUGCCCCCAUACAAGAGAAACGAAAGUCUAUUUUACGAGAACCAACAUUCAGGUGGACCUCUCUAAAGCAUUCUCGGUCAGAGCCACAGUACUUUUCCUCAGCGAAGUAUGCCAAAGAAGGUCUUAUCCGCAAACCAAUAUUUGAUAACUUUCGACCCCCUCCACUGACUCCUGAGGAUGUUGGCUUUGCUUCUGGUUUUUCAACAUCUGGUUCCACUGCUCCAGCCCAGCUAUUUUCAGCACUCCAUUCUGGAACUAGGUUUGAUAUGCACAAAAGAAGUCCUCUUCUAAGAGCUCCCAGAUUUACUCCAAGUGAGGCCCACUCCAGAAUCUUUGAGUCAGUAACUUUGCCUAGUAAUCGAACGUCUGCUGGAACUUCAUCUACAGGGGUAUCUAGUAGAAAAAGGAAAAGAAGGGUGUUCAGCCCUAUCAGAUCUGAACCAAGAUCUCCUUCUCAUUCCAUGAGGACAAGAAGUGGAAGGCUUAGUACUUCUGAGCUAUCACCUCUCACCCCACCAUCUUCUGUCUCUUCCUCAUUAAGCAUUUCUGUUAGUCCUCUUGCCACUAGUGCCUUAAACCCAACUUUUGCUUUUCCUUCCCAUUCCCUGACACAGUCUGGGGAAUCUUCGGAGAAAAAUCAGAGACCAAGGAAGCAGACUAGCACUCCAGCAGAGCCAUUCUCAUCCAGUAGUCCUACUCCUCUCUUCCCCUGGUUCACGCAGAGCUCUAAGCCAGAAAGAGGGAGAAACAAAGACAGGGCCGCUGAGGAACUGUCCAAAGAGCGAGAUGUUGACAAGAGUUUGGAGAAGGACAAAAACAGAGAGAGAGACCGGGAGAGGGAAAAAGAGAACAAGCGGGAAUCAAGGAAAGAAAAAAGGAAAAAGGGGUCAGAAAUUCAGAGUAGCUCUGCUUUGUUUCCCAUAGGUAGAGUUUCCAAAGAGAAGGUUGUUGAAGAUGUUGCCACUUCAUCUUCCGCCAAAAAAGCUGCAGGGCGGAAGAAAUCCUCAUCACUUGAUCCUGGAACAGACAUUGCCACUGUAGCCCUUGGGGAUACAACAGCUGUCAAAACCAAAAUACUUGUUAAGAAAGGGAAAGGGAGCCUCGAUAAAACCAACUUGGACCUUGCGCCUGCUGCACCAUCCCUGGAGGAGAAAGCGCUCUGCCUUUCUUCUUCUUCAUCAAGCACUGUUAAACAUUCCACUUCCUCCAUUGGAUCCAUGUUGGCUCAGGCAGACAAGCUUCCAGUGGCUGACAAGAGAGUAGCUAGCCUUCUAAGAAAGGCCAAAGCCCAGCUUUAUAAGAUUGAGAAAAGCAAGACUCUCAAGCAAGCUGACCAGCCCAAAGCACAGGGUCAAGAAAGUGAUUCAUCAGAGACAUCUGUUCGAGGACCCCGGAUAAAACAUGUUUGUAGAAGGGCUGCUGUUGCCCUUGGCCGAAAGCGAGCAGUAUUUCCUGAUGACAUGCCCACCCUGAGUGCCUUACCAUGGGAAGAACGAGAAAAGAUUUUGUCUUCCAUGGGAAAUGAUGAUAAGUCAUCAAUCGCCGGCUCAGAAGAUGCUGAACCUCUUGCUCCACCCAUCAAGCCAAUUAAGCCUGUCACCAGGAACAAGGCACCUCAAGAACCUCCAGUGAAGAAGGGACGGCGAUCAAGGAGAUGUGGGCAGUGCCCAGGCUGUCAGGUGCCUGAGGACUGUGGUAUCUGUACUAAUUGCCUAGAUAAGCCCAAAUUUGGUGGCCGAAACAUAAAGAAACAAUGCUGCAAAAUGAGGAAAUGUCAGAACCUGCAAUGGAUGCCUUCCAAAGCCUACCUGCAGAAGCAAGCUAAAGCUGUGAAAAAGAAAGAGAAGAAGUCCAAGACCAAUGAAAAGAAAGAGAGCAAUGUUGCAAAAAAUCUUGUGGACCCUAACCAGAAAACAACUCCACCAGCAAGAGAGGAUCAUGCCCCAAAGAAAAGCAAUGAACCUCCGCCCCGAAAGCCUGUGGAAGAAAAGAGUGAGGAUGGAAAUGUGUCUGCUCCAGGGGCUGAUUCUAAACAAUCCAGCACUUCUACUGCUAGAAAGACUGGCAAGCAGGUCUCCCAGCCAGUACAGGUCAUUCCUCCACAGCCACCUAGCACAGCACCACUAAAAAAGGAAGCUCCCAAGACCACUCCUAGUGAGCCCAAGAAAAAGCAGCAGCCACCACCCCCACCCCCACCACCUCUACCACCACCUCCACCACCUCCACCACCUCCAGAAUCAGUACCAGAGCAAAGCAAGCCGAAAAAAAUAGCUCCUCGCCCAAGUAUUCCUGUGAAACAGAAACCAAAAGAAAAGGAAAAACUCCCUCCAGUCAGUAAGCAAGAGAAUGGCACUCUGAAUAUACUCAACACCCUCUCCAAUGGAAAUAGUUCCAAGCAAAAGUUGCCGGCAGAUGGAGUCCACAGGAUCAGAGUAGACUUUAAGGAAGACUGUGAAGUAGAAAAUGUGUGGGAGAUGGGUGGUCUAGGCAUCCUGACCUCAGUUCCUAUAACUCCCAGAGUGGUUUGCUUUCUCUGUGCCAGCAGUGGACACGUGGAGUUUGUGUAUUGCCAAGUCUGUUGUGAGCCCUUCCACAAAUUCUGUUUGGAGGAGAAUGAGCGCCCUCUAGAGGACCAGUUGGAAAAUUGGUGUUGUCGUCGCUGCAAGUUCUGUCAUGUGUGUGGAAGACAGCACCAGGCUACAAAGCAACUGCUGGAGUGUAAUAAGUGCCGAAACAGCUAUCACCCUGAGUGCCUGGGACCAAACUACCCAACCAAACCCACCAAGAAAAAGAAAGUUUGGAUCUGUACCAAGUGUGUUCGAUGCAAGAGCUGUGGAUCUACAACUCCAGGCAAAGGGUGGGAUGCACAGUGGUCUCAUGAUUUUUCACUGUGCCAUGAUUGUGCCAAACUCUUUGCUAAAGGAAACUUCUGCCCACUUUGUGACAAGUGUUAUGAUGAUGAUGACUAUGAGAGCAAGAUGAUGCAGUGUGGGAAAUGUGAUCGAUGGGUUCACUCCAAGUGUGAAAACCUUUCAGAUGAAAUGUAUGAGAUCCUCUCCAACCUGCCUGAGAGUGUGGCCUAUACCUGUGUGAACUGUACAGUGCGGCAUCCUGCCGAGUGGAGGUUGGCUUUAGAAAAAGAGCUCCAGAUUUCUUUGAAACAGGUUUUAACUGCACUGUUGAAUUCUCGAACCACCAGCCACUUACUCCGUUAUAGACAGGCUGCCAAGCCCCCUGACUUAAAUCCAGAGACAGAGGAGAGUAUACCUUCCCGAAGCUCCCCAGAAGGACCUGAUCCACCGAUUCUGACUGAGGUCAGCAAGCAGGAAGAACAGCAGCCCUUGGACCUGGAAGGAGUAAAGAAGAAAAUGGACCAAGGAAGUUACACAUCUGUGUUGGAAUUCAGUGAUGAUAUCGUGAAGAUUAUUCAAGCAGCUAUCAAUUCAGAUGGAGGGCAACCAGAGGUUAAAAAAGCUAAUAGCAUGGUCAAGUCCUUCUUCAUUCGGCAAAUGGAACGUGUUUUUCCUUGGUUCAGUGUCAAAAAGUCCAGGUUUUGGGAACCAAAUAAAGUUACAAGCAACAGUGGAAUGUUACCAAAUGCAGUGCUACCACCUUCACUUGACCAUAAUUAUGCUCAGUGGCAAGAGAGAGAAGAGAACAGCCACACCGAGCAGCCUCCUUUGAUGAAGAAAAUCAUUCCAGCGCCUAAACCCAAAGGCCCUGGAGAGCCAGACUCGCCAAUUCCUCUGCAUCCUCCCACACCGCCAAUCUUAAAUACAGACAGGAGCCGGGAGGACAGUCCUGAGCUGAACCCACCCCCAGGUGUAGAAGAUAAUCGACAGUGUGCAUUAUGCUUGACAUAUGGUGAUGAUAAUGCUAAUGAUGCUGGCCGCUUGCUCUACAUUGGUCAAAAUGAGUGGACCCAUGUGAACUGUGCUUUGUGGUCGGCAGAGGUGUUUGAAGAUGAUGAUGGGUCCCUAAAGAAUGUGCACAUGGCUGUGAUUAGGGGCAAGCAGUUGAGAUGUGAGUACUGCCAAAAGCCAGGGGCCACUGUAGGUUGCUGCCUCACAUCCUGCACUAGCAACUAUCACUUCAUGUGUUCCCGAGCUAAGAAUUGUGUAUUUCUGGAUGAUAAAAAAGUUUAUUGCCAACGACAUCGGGAUUUGAUCAAAGGAGAGGUGGUUCCUGAGAAUGGAUUUGAAGUUCUUAGAAGAGUAUUUGUAGACUUUGAAGGCAUCAGCUUGAGAAGGAAGUUUCUCAGUGGCUUAGAACCAGAAAAUAUCCACAUGAUGAUUGGCUCAAUGACGAUUGACUGUUUAGGAAUUCUGAAUGAUCUCUCUGACUGUGAAGAUAAGCUUUUUCCUAUUGGAUAUCAAUGUUCCAGGGUGUACUGGAGCACCACAGAUGCUCGAAAACGCUGUGUUUAUACAUGCAAGAUAGUGGAAUGCCGUCCUCCAGUUGUAGAGCCAGAUAUCAAUAGUACUGUUGAACAUGAUGAGAAUAGGACCAUUGCUCAUAGUCCUACCUCUCUCACAGAAGUUCCACCAAGAGAGAUUCGCAAUACAGCUGAAAUUAUAAAUCCUCCAUCCCCAGACCGACCUCCUCAUUCACAUACCUCCAGCUCCUGUUUCUAUCAUGUCAUCUCAAAAGUCCCCAGAAUCCGAAUGCCCAGCUAUUCUCCAACACAGAGAUCCCCUGGUUGUCGUCCAUUGCCUUCUGCUGGAAGUCCUACCCCAACUACCCAUGAGAUAGUCACAGUGGGAGACCCUUUACUGUCCUCUGGGCUGAGAAGCAUUGGAUCCAGACGUCACAGCACUUCCUCUCUGUCACCACAGCGGUCCAAAUUCCGGAUAAUGUCCCCAAUGAGAGCUGGGAAUUCUUAUUCCCGUCACAGUGUUUCCUCUAUCUCUGGCAUUGGUGCCUCCACUGAUCGUGAUUCAAGUGUAAAAACAAUUGACCACUUCCUAGGGUCAUUAAAUCCAAGCACUCCAAAUACUUUGGGUCAAAACACUCCAACUUCUUCAAGUUCUCAAAGGACAUUGGGUACAGUUGGGACUAAAGCAAGUCAUAUGGAUGGACCUCCCCCUUCAGAAAUGAAACAUAUUAGUGCUGCAGACUUAUCAACUAAAAGCUCCUCCUUGAAAGGGGAGAAGGGCAAAAUGUUGAAUUCCAAGGGCUCAGAAGGCUCAACACAUACCCUGACUUACCCUGGGAAUCCUAAACCAGCCCCCCAGGCUCAUAAUACAACACCUGGAGAGGUGAAUAUUAGUAAAAUGGGCACCUUUGUUGAACCUUCUUCAGUGUCAUUUUCUUCCAAAGAGACCCUUUCUUUCCCGCCACUCCAUUUGAGAGGACAAAAGAAAGAGAGAGACCAACAUACAAACUCUACCCAGCCAGAAAACCUUUCUCCAGGUGAAGACAUAGAAACUAAAGCAUUAAAGCCACCCGGGGUGAACAGCAGAUCAUCUCUUACAAAUGAACAAGUGAUAUCUAGUUCUAGAGAUAGAAGACAGAAAGGAAAAAAAUCUAAUAAAGAAACUUUCAAAGAGAAACAUUCCAUUAAGUCUUUUUUGGAUCCUAGUCAGGUAAUGGCUGGUGAGGAAGGAAAUCUAAAGCCAGAGUUUGUCAAUCAGGUUUUAACAUCUGAGCAUAUAAGCCAGCGACCUUGUAAUAAUAUUUCUUCUGAAAAGAGUGGGGAUAAGGUCUUUCCUAUUUCAGGGGGCAGCAAAACUCCAUCUGUGCAGUUGGAAGGACCAACCAAGGAAUCACAGACACCUCGGAAACGGACAGUCAAAGUAACUUUGACACCAUUGAAAAUGGAAAGUGAAAGUCCGUCCAAAAACACAUUGAAAGAAAUUGUUCCUGUUUCUCCAUCCCAAGGAAUGGAAUCAGCAACUUUGGCAGAAUCAUCUUCAACUUCAGAAAGCCCAGGAGAUGGCUCUGUGGCACAACCCAGCCCCAAUGAUACUUCAUCCCAAGAAUCUCAUAGUAACACCUGUCCAACUCUUCCUGUCCAGGAUCGAAACUUGGUGCUCCAAGAUGGCACCAAGCCUCAAGAAGACAGUUCCUACAAGAGGAGAUAUCCUCGCCGCAGUGCCCGAGCCCGCUCUAAUAUGUUUUUUGGGCUCACCCCUCUUUAUGGAGUGAGAUCCUAUGGGGAGGAAGAUAUUCCAUUCUUCAGCAGUUCUUCAGGCAAGAAGCGAGGAAAGAGGUCAGCUGAAGGGCAAGUGGAUGGGGCUGAUGACUUAAGCACCUCAGAUGAAGAUGAUUUAUACUACUAUAACUUCACCAGAACAGUGAUUUCUUCCAGUGGGGAAGAGCGAUUAGGAUCCAAUAAUUUAUUUCGGGAAGAAGAGCAAUGUGACCUCCCCAAGAUUUCACAGCUAGAUGGUGUAGAUGAUGGGACAGAGAGUGAUACUAGUGUCACAACCACAGCAAGGAAAGUCAAUCAACUUCCCAAAAGAAAUGGAAAAGAAAAUGGGACAGAGAACUUAAAGCUUGAUCGAGCUGAAGAUUCUGGGGAAAAGGAACAUGUCAUCAAGAGUUCAGCUGGUCAUAAAACUAAUGAACCAAAGAUAGACAACUGCCAUCCUGUAAGCAGGGUGAAAACACAAGGACAAGAUUCCUUGGAGGCCCAGCUCAGCUCACUGGAGUCUGGGCGUAGGGUUCACACAAGUACCCCUUCAGACAAAAACCUGCUAGAUACUUACAAUACUGAACUUCUGAAAUCUGAUUCUGACAACAACAAUAGUGAUGACUGUGGUAAUAUCCUACCCUCAGAUAUCAUGGACUUUGUGUUAAAGAAUACUCCAUCCAUGCAGGCUUUAGGAGAGAGUCCAGAGUCAUCUUCAUCUGAACUCCUGACUCUUGGGGAAGGGUUGGGUCUUGACAGCAAUCGUGGAAAAGAUAUGGGCCUCUUUGAAGUGUUUUCUCAGCAGUUACCAACAGCUGAGCCUGUGGACAGUAGUGUGUCUUCCUCUAUGUCAGCAGAGGAACAGUUUGAGUUGCCUUUAGAGCUCCCAUCAGAUCUCUCUGUCCUAACUACCCGGAGUCCCACUGUCCCCAGUCAGAACCCAAACAGACUGGCAGUAAUCUCAGACACAGGGGAGAAGAGAGUGACAAUCACAGAAAAGUCUGUGGCCUCAACUGAAAGUGACUCAGCACUGUUGAGUCCAGGAGUAGAUCCAACCCCAGAAGGCCACAUGACUCCAGAUCAUUUCAUCCAAGGGCACAUGGAUGCAGACCAUAUUGCUAGCCCUCCUUGUGGUUCGGUAGAACAAGGACAUGGCAACAACCAGGACUUAACUAGAAACAGCAGCACUCCUAGCCUUCAGGUUCCUGUUUCUCCUACCGUUCCUCUUCAGAAUCAAAAAUAUGUUCCUAGUUCUACAGAUAGCCCUGGUCCAUCUCAAAUUUCAAAUGCAGCUGUCCAGACCACUCCACCUCACAUGAAACCAGCCACUGAAAAACUCCUUGUCGUCAACCAGAAUAUGCAGCCACUUUAUGUUCUCCAAACCCUUCCAAAUGGAGUAACUCAAAAAAUACAGCUGACCCCCUCAGUUAGUUCUGCCCCCAGUGUGAUGGAAACCAACACAUCAGUGCUUGGGCCCAUGGGCAGUGGUCUCACUUUAGCCACAGGACUGAAUCCAAGUUUGCCAUCAUCUCAGUCUUUGUUCCCCCCUUCUAGCAAAGGAUUGCUCCCUAUGACUCAUCACCAGCACUUACAUUCUUUUCCUGCAGCUACUCAAAGUAGUUUCCCACCCAACAUGAAUAAUCCUACUUCAAGCUUGUUAAUUGGUGUCCAGCCUCCUCCAGAUCCCCAACUUUUGGUUUCAGAAACUAAUCAGAGGACAGACAUCAAUACCACUGCAACCACUCCACCUCCUGGGUUAAAGAAAAGGCCCAUAUCUCGUCUACACUCUCGAAAGAAUAAAAAACUUGCUCCUUCAAGCACUUCAUCAUCUAUUGCCCCUUCUGAUAUGGUCUCUAACAUGACUCUGAUUAAUUUUACACCCUCCCAGCUUUCAAACCAUCCAAGUCUAUUAGAUUUAGGAUCACUUGGAAAUACUGCCUCCCACCGAACAGUCCCCAACAUCAUCAAAAGGUCUAAGUCUGGUAUUAUGUACUUUGAACAGGCACCCUUGUUACCACAGAGUGUGGGAGGAGCUGCUACUUCAACAGUUGGGACAUCAACAAUAGGCCCAGAUACCAGCCACCUUGCAGCAGGACCUGUUUCUGGUUUGGCAUCAGGUUCCUCUGUUCUUAAUGUUUCCAUGCAAGCUGCAACAGCCCCUACCACUGGUGGAUCAGUUCCAGGACAUGUUUUGGGGCAGGGCUCAGUCACAUUAACCAGCCCAAGGUUACUUGGUGCCCCAGACAUUGGCUCAAUAAGCAACCUCUUAAUUAAAGCCAGCCAACAGAGCCUGGGGCUUCAGGAACAGCCCAUGACUUUGCCACCAGGAUCAGGAAUGUUUCCCCAGCUGGGAACAUCACAGACCCCCUCCAGUGCUGCAAUGACAGCAGCAUCCAGUAUUUGUGUGCUUCCCUCCACCCAGACUGUGGGCAUGACGGUUGCCCCUUCAUCUAAUGAACCAGAAGGAUCCUAUCAGCUUCAGCACAUGACCCACCUCCUUGCCAGCAAAACUGGGAUUCUCCCCUCUCAGUUGGAUGUUGCUUCAACUUCAGGGAGCCAGUUGUCAAGCUUUCCACAGCUGGUUGAUGUGCCCAACAGCACAGGAAUAGAGCAAAGCAAGGCUUCAUCCUCAGUUAUGCAUGCUAGCUCAGCCUCUCCUGGGGGUUCCCCAUCUUCUGGCCAACAGUCAGCAAGCAGUUCAGUGCUAGGCCCCACUAAGUCCAGGCCAAAAGUCAAACGGAUUCAGCUGCCUUUGGACAAGGGGAAUGGUAAGAAGCACAAGGUUUCCCACAUGCGGACCAGUUCCUCUGAAGCACACAUUCCAGAUCCAGAAGCCAACCCCACAUCCCUGACCUCAGUGACAGGGACUCCAGGAUCAAAGUUAGAUGUUCAGGAUACAGCUAACAUGGAUCAAUCAUCACAAAAAGAUUGUGGACAGUCUACAAGGCAAGUGACUGCAAUUCAGGAAGAAUUGCCAACACAGAAUUCAACAAAUGAGCAAGAAAGUGCAGAACCCAAAGUGACUGAAGAAGAGGAAAGCAACUUCAGUUCUCCACUGAUGUUUUGGUUGCAGCAAGAACAGAAGCGGAAAGAAAGCAUUGGAGAGAAAAAGCCAAAGAAAGGGCUUGUUUUUGAAAUAUCAAGUGAUGAUGGUUUUCAAAUUUGUGCAGAAAGUAUUGAAGAUGCAUGGAAAUCAUUGACAGAUAAAGUUCAGGAAGCCCGAUCCAAUGCUCGUCUAAAACAGCUUUCAUUUGCAGGUGUGAAUGGCUUGAAGAUGCUAGGGAUUCUUCAUGAUGCAGUUGUGUUCCUAAUUGAGCAGCUUUCUGGGGCCAAGCAUUGUCGGAAUUAUAAGUUUCGAUUCCACAAACCAGAGGAGGCCAAUGAACCCCCCUUGAAUCCUCAUGGGUCAGCCAGAGCUGAAGUCCACCUGAGGAAAUCAGCAUUUGACAUGUUUAACUUCUUGGCUUCUAAACAUCGACAACCUCCUGAAUAUAACCCAAAUGAUGAGGAAGAAGAGGAAGUACAGCUGAAGUCAGCUAGAAGGGCGACUAGCAUGGAUUUACCCAUGCCCAUGCGUUUCCGGCACUUAAAGAAGACUUCCAAGGAAGCAGUUGGGGUCUACAGGUCUCCCAUCCAUGGCCGGGGCCUGUUCUGUAAGAGAAACAUUGAUGCAGGUGAGAUGGUGAUUGAGUAUGCAGGCAACGUCAUCCGUUCCAUACAGACUGACAAGAGAGAGAAGUAUUAUGAGAGCAAGGGCAUUGGCUGCUACAUGUUCCGCAUUGAUGACUCAGAGGUAGUGGAUGCCACCAUGCAUGGGAAUGCUGCACGAUUUAUCAACCAUUCAUGCGAACCCAACUGCUACUCUCGAGUCAUCAACAUUGAUGGGCAGAAGCAUAUUGUCAUCUUUGCAAUGCGUAAGAUCUACCGUGGAGAGGAACUCACUUAUGACUAUAAGUUCCCCAUUGAGGAUGCCAGCAAUAAGCUGCCCUGCAAUUGUGGCGCUAAGAAAUGCCGAAAGUUCCUAAACUAAAGUUGCUCUUUUUCCCAUUCUUCAUUGUGGGAGUUGCAAGACCCAGGGCCACCCAGAGCAAUGCUGAAGGCUUUUUACAGCAGCCGAGGGUUUCAGGAUUAGGUGGGCUCAGUUGAGGGAUCUCCAUUAUGGCUGAGCUCCCUUCCCUUGUGUCCCAUCUUCACAUCAUGCAGUGUGAUCAUAAUCCUGGUGAGAGGUGAGGUCACGAAGAGAAGAUUGGUGAUGGACUUUCUUUCUGGCACCUCUGGAAUUCGCACACCAAUAUGAGGAGGGGAAAGGGGCUCCUAACAGAUUUACCUGGAGAGAGCCUGUGAAGGAUUUUAUCAGGAGAAAUGGGAUUUUCCUGAGCAUCUCCCUAGGGGAAGUUGGUAUCUUGCUGCCAGCCUCUGCUUGGUUCAUUUCCUAAGCACUGUUAGUGAGGUGGCCAGAGUGGCCAAGCAGGGUUGAGAAAACAGUACAGGUCAGACACCUCAGAGUUGGCUGGCCAGGCCCAGCCUACAUCUAUCUCUUGAUUGAAAGAAAUGUUUAAUGAUUUUUCCUUAGCGCCCUCCCACAUAAGAAUUCAUUUCUGGUCAGGAGGCAGGGUUCCUAGCACCUUUGUUGACCAAAAGGGCUGUGUUGGGGUUGUGCCAAUGAAUUACCAAACACUUGAGCCUGCCUAUAGGCUUUGUAGUGGGAGUGUUACCCCCAUAAGCCUUAUUUCAACCAGUCACUUUUCUUGACAGUAGGAGCAGCUUCCUUCCCUCUCCCAUUCCUCUCUUCAUUCCACUUUUCUCUUGGCUUCCAUCCCAACACUUCUCCAUUAUUUUUUCUGGGUGGUGGGUGAAGUUGGCUCUCUAUUCAAGGACACACACCCCACUGGGCACGAUUUGUGUCUACAAAAAAAAUCCUUUGAGCUAGUAAGCACUGCUGAGGAGAUGUGGACACAAGCCACUAAAAAUAGAUAAGUUUGGGAGGAAUCUUUACCAGCCCAAGCUCCAGUGAAAAUUUAAGAAAAGAAAAGAAAAAUGUAGCAUGGGUUGUUUUAAGAGGGAAAAAUACUUAAAUAGGAUUUGAAUCAUGCAGCUCACUAAGAAUUUCAUAUCCAAGUUGAUGAUAUCCUUCCCCCUUCCACGCCCCCAUUGCUAGGAUACAGUUACUUUGAUUUAUUCUUUGAUAAGACAUAGGAAGGCCAAAUUCCUAAAUGGCCAAUCUCCAUUGAAAGCUAAAGGCAGAACACUAAGGUUGCAAGACCCUGAGGGAGUAGGUUACCAUGCAUUGAGGGAGCUCUACCAUCUGUGCAAAAUCUCUUGUCAGAGCAGAUGAAAAUCACACUACUGCCGAGGUUCCUCCUCUAGAACAUGGUCAAAGCAGCAUCAGACUGACUUCUCUCUCCUUCUUUCCUUCUUUCCUUUCCCCUUCCCCAAGACAGUGUCCUGAAUCUGUUAAAUUAAGUCAUUGGAUUUUACUCUGUUCUGUUUACAGUUUAAUAUUUAAGGUUUUAUAAAUGUAAAUAUUUUUUGUAUAUUUUUCUAUGAGAAGCACUUCAUAGGGAGAAGCACUUAUGACAAGGCUAUUUUUUAAACCGUGGUAUUAUCCUAAUUUAAAAGAAGAUCUGUUUUUAAUAAUUUUUUAUUUUCAUAGGAUGAAGUUAGAGAAAAUAUUCAGCUGUACACGCAAAGUCUGAUUUUUUUUUCCUGUCCAGUUUCUCCCACCCCCCCAACCCCUGCCCUCAGAAGGUAUACUUUUUUUGUUUAUCAUGUAAGCUUGUUCAUGCCUUGUUGACUUAGGUAACUGUUUCCUGGGUUGCUCCUAGAUUAUAGAGAAGGAAGGUGGUCACCUAAAUACAUUGGGCUUCUCACUUCUCUCCUUCCUCUACAAAGUUCCCAGCAGGCUACAUUACUAUCUUGGUACAAUUCUUCUUUCACCCCCUUCCCAAAAUGCAUCUCUUUUUCUCUGGUUCCAGCCUCAGGGCAAGAGGCAGACUUUCGUACUUCCCCAGUCUCUUCUACUUCAGAGUUAGAAAACAAGAGCUUAGAUGGCAGGCAACUUGACAUUUUUCCAUCUCCAUCUGCCUCAUUUGUAGCCUCCGUUUAUCUCUGCUUCCAUUCUCCCCACCAAGUCCUCAUAUCUGCAAAAAAAUCUUACUGACCCCCUAGACACUUCCAGGGUGGCCCAAUGGAACUAAAGCACAGUCAGAUCAUUCACAGAGAAACAGGUUUUCUCUCUGUCUUGGUUACUGGGCUUCAAAACAGUUCAGUCCGGCAGGGGAUCAAUAAUGGCUCUCAGUGGGACACUCUUCCUGGCCACAAGAAGUCCACCCUUUGGAAACUUAACAAAGCAAUAUCACUCAGCCCAGCGUACUCUGCCCCAGGACCCAUGGUUCAGCCUGCGCCCUCCAAUCUGGGCUCCCUUAUCUCCUGUGACCUUAAGAACUUCUCCUGGUGGCUCUGCUGAAACACCAUCGCUCUCGCCAGCACUGUGGACAGGAUGGCAAAGGCUACCUUGUCUGCAUGGAGAGGGGCCAGCAGUGGGCUGAGAAGAUCAGUCCACUCAGAUCUCACCUUCCCUCUUUCUUCAGUCCAUGACAAGAUACGGUGACUCAAGGGGUUCCACUAGUAUCUAAUUUUCUUUCUUAUUGCACUGUGUGAGGUUUUUUUGUAAAUCUUACUUUUUUCCUUCUUGUUUCAAAACAAAACAAAAAAACCUUAGGCUGCAUUUAUUACUGAAAUGAUUGAUGCACUGAUGGGUCAGGAAUUCACUCUAAGAAGACCCAAAGGCCAGUCAGGGAUGGGGAGAACUCAGCUGAAUAGACCUAAUUGCUGCCCUAUUAGGCAGUGCUAUACUAUGAGAGACCCCCUUCUCAUUCCUUUCCCACCAUACUCUGGGUAUUAGGAAGAAAGUUAUAUCCUAAUCCCACCCUGGUAACCCAGAAGCUGAGAAAGCCCCUCUGUGAGUGACUACAGCUCAUUCUUGAGCCCAUUGCCAAAAAUUCAGCAGCAUGGGAAUGAGAAAGAGGGUCACUAACAGAAGUAGGAAAAGAAGGGGGUUAAGUAAUAAAUAAACACAAAAUGCCUCUGAGUUCAUCUUGAAAAGUAUCCAGAGGAUUUUAGCACAGAAAUUCAGACUGAGCAAACAGCAUUGGGUCAUUCCUAAGAAUCUUUCAAGAAGCUUCCUUCAGAAAUUCCCAAGCCCCUGAGGAGUAAUAAUUGUGUCUCUGGUUAGUUCUCCAUGAGAGAGCCAGUUCACUUAAAUAGCUUUGCUGCUAGAACCUUCUUGUGGCUGCAUUAACUGGUGGCCAUUGCAGCCAGUGAAAACUAUUCCAGUAUCAGAGCGGCUGCAUGGCACUGACACUUUGGCCAGGUCUUCUUGGUCCUUUUGCCUCUCCUCCAUAACCGUCCACCACCACCACGAUCUCCAGCACAGCCCCUCCAGCUUUCAGAUCAUUAACGAGUUUGGAGGAGAGAAGCCUUGGCAGCUACUAUUAAUUUUUCAACCAGACUCAUUGACAUGUGCAGGAUCUAGUCCACCACCCUGCUUACCUCUGUCCUACCCUGGCCAAUUCAGUAAGCACCAUGCAGCUCCCUUGAUUGAAAAAAAAAAUAGAUUUUAAAAAAUGAAUGUAUCUUUUUAAAGGACUUCUGUUCAAUCACAAAUAUCUGAAAAUACUAAAGGUCAAAACCUUGUUGGGUGUUUGUUGAAUUUAUUUGGGGGAGGGAGGGAGGGAAGGGGAUAUUUGUAACAAUUUUUUUUCUCAAAGGAAAAAGCGGGUCAUUGUAAAGGGCUGAGUGUAAACUUUGUUUCAUUUUCUUCAUUUCAAAGCAAUACAAGGUUAUUGAGCAGAUGGUUUUGUGCCGAAUCUUGAAUGCCAGUCAAGUCCAGACUUCUUACUGGUUUCACACACUCUGAAAACUUGCAAGUUUUUUUUGAAUUUUCAAAUAAAUAUAAAUAUAUAUAUAGGAACUAAUAUAGUAAUGCACCAUGUAACAAAGCCUAGUUCAGUAUCAGUCCAUGGCUUUUAACUCUCUUAACACUAUAGAUAAGGAUUGUGUUACAGUUGCUAGCAGAGGCAGGAAAAUGUCAGUCUGGUGUUCCUCUGGGUCCCCAAAGGCAAAAAAGAAAAAAAACAACCAAAUUGCAAAAGUAUCAUCUAAUAGGGAUGCAUCAACCAGCCCACACCAGGGGUUGGAAAGAAUUGCACAAACCAUGUCACCUGGAGCUUCUCUGCUGAGGAUUUUUCUGCCCAUGAAUGUUACCAGUCAGUACCUGUACUUCUUGUUUCUCUAUUUUUGGUUUUGAAUGUUGGGAUUACCACCUGCAUUUAGGGGGGAAAAAUUGUGUUCUGUGCUUUCCUGGUAUCUUGUUCUGAGGUACUCUAGUUUUGUCUAUCAACCAAGAAAAUAUACUUGUGGUGUUUCUUUUAUUGAACUUUCAACAGUCUCUUUAGUAAAUACAGGUAGUUGAAUAAUUGUUUCAAAAACUAAACAGAUGACAAAAUUCUGUUCCAGAAAUAAGACAUUUCUUAACUUUAUCAUGUAUAACAGAUCUUUUUGUUUUUAUUUUUUUCCUUGUGUUCUUCCAAGCUUCUGGUUUAGGGGGGGAAAGAAAAAAUAAAAAGGAAUGUGUCUAAAGUCCAUCAGUGUUAACUCCCUGUGACAGGGAUGAAGGAAAAUACUUUAAUAGUUAAAAAAAUAAUAAUGCUGAAAGCUCUCUACGAAAGACUGAAUGUAAAAGUAAAAAGUGUACAUAGUUGUAAAAAAAAAAGGAGUUUUUAAACAUGUUUAUUUUCUAUGCACUUUUUUUUAUUUAAGUGAUAGUUUAAUUAAUAAACAUGUCAAGUUUAUUGCUGCA